GCAACCUACAGUACUCCGCAUUUUCAUUUGUGAUAUGAAUCGGAAUUCUAGUUUGUUGCCAACGUUGAGUAGACUUACGGUACUAUUACCGCUUCUUUGGAGUCGGUGAUUCUGUGGACCGAUCACUUAGUAUCACUUUUUUUCAAGUGACUGCAAGAAACGUCGGAAGGUUUCGUGCAGCGCGGCGAAAAAAAAAAAACAAUCAGGGAAAAAUGAAACAACUACAGUACCAAUGGAACCUGGCAAGAAAGAACAAUACCCUGCACCUCUGGACAACACCCUCACCCAACCGGCUUUGAUCCCGCAUCCUCGGAAACGCGGCUACCCGGCUCCGCAAAAUACAUUUACGCACGUGAGAUUCGCUGUGGAAGCUCAGCUGAAUCCGGGGCUUGAUAUGUACAGAAAAGGAUACAAACCUAUUAGAGAUGGUGUGUCCGGAUAAGUACCAGGGUAGGGGAAGAUAGCUGUCUCUCUCUUCGUGUCGCCACAUUUCCGAUCUCCGGGGAUGUAGUGGAUUGUGGGGGAGACUGGCAGGGGGCCGCUCAAGAGGGAUAAGUUACUAAAGGUUGUUGAGCGAAGGCGCAUGGGCGGGUGGAUGGGUGGAUGGGGUAAGGCUAGUAGGUACUUGAAGUGUUUCUUGUCC